UGAAGUCGGGAAGAACGGCGCUACAGAGUGACGUCAUCACUAGUUUCCUCUCCAGCCAAUCCCAACUAAGCGCCCGUUGGGCGGAGCGUAGAGGUUUUUGCAACCGGAAGGCAUGCAGAGGUUCACACGUGGGUCCGGUGCUCUCUGAUCAUGUCCAGCCUGUUUAUCAAGAAGAGACCGGAGGGGCCCGGGAAGAAGCGGCGGGGGGAGGUGAAAGAUGCAGCAGACAAAAAGAAAAAGAAGAAAACAGUGAAUCUGAGGGAGGAGAUUGAGAGUGACUCGGACACUGAAGUAGCCCCUACUCGCAGGAGGAAAGAGGAUGAAGAGGAGGAGCUGGAUGAGACGGCUCAGGAGAAGAAGCUGCGGUUGGCUAAGGAAUACCUGCGGCAGCUACAGGAACAAGAGGAGGAGAGGUUGGAAGAUGAAAGCGAGGACGUCAUAGCCCAUAGGCUGCAAGAGAGUGUGCUGGAACAGCGAGGGAAACUGCAGCGUCCCCUGGCCAAGGAGUUAAUUCCUCCAGAACCCGCAGAGAUCCGUCUCCUACGAGGCCACCAAGGACCAGUUACUUGCCUAGUUAUCACACCAGAUGAUAAACAUGUCUUCUCGGGAUCCAAAGACUGCUCCAUUAUUAAAUGGUCCAUAUCUGAUGGAAAAAAGGUCCAUAAGAUCCCAGGGGGUCGGAAGGGCUGCGAGGACCGACAUGUAGGGCAUACUACCCAUGUUCUGUGUAUGGCGCUGUCGUCAGAUGGGAAAUACCUGGCGUCAGGAGAUCGGAAUAAACUAAUCUUUAUCUGGAAUGCAGAGACCUGUGAAAACCUCCAUAAGUUCCAGGGGCACCGGGACGCUGUGUCUGGGCUCUCCUUCCAAAAGGGAACAUACCAGCUUUUCAGUGUUUCCCACGAUCGUUCAGUCAAGGUUUGGAAUGUUGCCGAGAACUCCUAUAUAGAGACGCUUUUUGGCCACCAGGAUUGUAUCACUGGUCUGGACAGUCUAAGUCGAGAACGUUGUGUCACAUCUGGGGGCAGGGACGGAACAGUAAGAGUGUGGAAGAUUGCUGAGGAGACACAGCUUGUGUUCAGCGGACAUGAUGGAUCGAUAGAUUGCAUACGGCUCAUAAAUGAAGAGCAUAUGGUGUCUGGAGCAGAUGACGGGUCUCUGGCGAUAUGGAAUGUGUCUAAAAAGAAACCUCUUGCACGGAUAAAGGCUGCCCAUGGCAGAAAUGGAGAGGCAGGUCUGGAGCAGCCAUACUGGGUGUCAGCUGUGGCUGCAGCCUUGAAUAGUGAUGUGGUUGUAUCAGGGUCACAUGAUGGCAACGUGCGGCUCUGGCAGUGUGCACAAGGCUUUCGGGGUCUGCAGCCCCUCUGCACAAUUCCCCUGGUCGGGUUUGUGAACAGUUUACAGUUUUCAAGCUCAGCUGAUUUUCUAAUUGCUGGAGUAGGACAAGAACACAGACUCGGGCGCUGGUGGAGAAUAAAAGAAGCAAAGAAUGGACUGUACAUAAUUCCAUUCAAAAAGAAGCAGACACUUGCUGAAGGCUCCUGAGUCCCCUGCCAUCUAUUCUUCAGCUACUGACCGACUCUUGUGACUUUUGUUUCAUAUUCAAAUUUUUUAUAUAUAUGUAAAUCUAAGACUGAUAAAAGUUGAUGUUUCUAACUAUUACCAUCAGGAUUUAAGUUAUGUGUUCAUUAGCUAAGUGGCACCCUGAUGCGUUAUGGGUAGGCCUGCUUCUCUUGGGGUUAAGCCAGACCAUACACCUAUGCAGUAGGGUCCUUCAUGGCUUUCCCUAAUGAUUAAGUGUUUUCCAGGGUACAAUUAUUAAUGGCCUAGCCUGAGGAUUAGCCACCAAUAGCUGAUCGCCAGAGUGACAUCACCUGACAAGCCAGCGACGCAGGCAGUUAACUAGGUACGGGAACCGGAGGUCUUGGAUUUGUUCACUGUGUAGUGGUGAUGCUAGGUUAUUACAAGCAGCUCCCAUUCUAUAAUGGGAGUUUUACUGCAGUAAGCUUGGCUACCACUACCCCAGUGUACAGAGCUGAGGAUUCGGGCUCCGAUACAUCGUUUACUUCUGGCGCCUCAACAGCUGAUCGGUAGGAUGUCCAGUGUCCUGUGGAGAGCCAAAGUCUUUCCCAACCCGGCUGCCUCCAGGUGUUGCAAAAGUACAUUUCCCAGCAUACUGGCUGUUCGGAAAUGCAGCAAGUUGUAGUUUUGCAACAGCUAGAGGCACCCUAAUUGGAAAACUCUAGUAUAGGCCAUCAAUAAUCUUAUCCCAGAAAACUCUUUCAACACAUUCAGUCUCUGUGUGUUCAUUUUCAGAACCAAGUUUCUAUGUAUUUAAAAUGUACA